AACGAGAAAAAUCGGGCGUGUUUUCGCUAUGGCGGUGUUUUAUAGGAUCGCUAUUCAAUCUUCCAUCUAUGGUUGUCGCUCGAUGUCUAUGUUUCCCAAACAUUUCGGUGACCCUCUUAAAAAAAAAGAUAUGGAAGAUUUGAAUAAGAGUGAACUCACUAAGUUUUACCAUAUACCGAUAAAAGCAGCUCUAAACAAUCAUUCUGAUACUGUCUUUAGCGACGAAAUCAAACUAAAAAUGAUGAAUUAUAUAACAAAAAAUGGAAAUAAAGCCUUGGCCCGAGGUCUUUUGUCAAGAACAUUCGAAAUAAUCAAACGUGCACAAACUGAGCGUUUGCACUUGAGCCCAACAGAUAAACAAAAUGUUAACACUAAUGCUGAAAAGCUACUAAUAGAGGCAGUUGAAAAUAGUAGACCAUUGCUUCAGUUGACAUCUAUAAAACGUGGUGGUGUGAACUAUCAAGUCCCGGUGCCUAUAACGAAAAAAAGAUCUUAUUUUCUGGCUAUGAAAUGGCUUUUAGAUGCAGCUUUUGAAAAAGAUAAGAAAGUAUGUCUUCCAGAGAGAUUAGCUUGGGAAAUUCUGGACGCUGCCCAUGGCCAAGGUAGAGUUAUUAAAAAAAAAGAUGAUGUGCAUAAACAGUGUGAAAGUAAUCGCGCAUAUGCACAUUAUCGGUGGAGCUAGUUUAAUUAUUUAAAUUCU